AUGUUUAUUGAUAAAUAUCUCUUUCUCAAAAAUUUGAUAAGAAAUCUAAUUAGCCAAAAUUGUAACGUCUCUUUCAAUGUAUAUUAUCUAUGUAUAUAUAAUUCUGAAUCGAAACGAAAGCAUAUUGCUUUAUGCCAAAAGUUUAAUCUCGAGGUGAUUUCACCAUUGCUCAAAUGCAAUUAGCAACUAAGAGUAACUCUUCAGCUUUAUUGGGGCAAUGUGUAGUGUAUCAGUGAUAUUCGGUAGAGUUAAUGUUUUUUUAAUUCUUUGGAUACUCCUUAAAUGCUAAAGUAAAAUACAAUAAUUGAAAAAAUAUCUUUUUUUCGAAAUACAUUAACACAUAACUCCCAUAUAAUGUAUAAACCUACUUAGAAAUUGUUGGAUUUACUCAAUGUAACUUUAUUUAACAGAUUUUUGAUUUCUCAGACUAAAGAAGACUCAAAAUUAAUAAGAUACCGAAAAAGGUAGUUAGUGAUGAUAUAAUCUUUCUGUUUAUUAUUAAUUCUGCAAUAAUUGCUACUGUUUGGAUUUCAGUUUUGA